CGGCGGCAGCGGCGCCUCAGAUACGGCUCCGAGAGUACGAAGAGGGGGACUUAAGCGCUUCUCCUCAGAGUGGGCCGCACCGUUUCGAUAUGCGCCCAGGCCAGCUGGGGUGAACGGUGAAAGGCCUCUGGACGAGCCAGUUCCGUUUCGCUGCUCGGAAAAUGCCCUUUGGGAAGGAAGAGGAGUGAAAACACCGCUUCUUCCCACAAAACACACACGUUGCUUUUCUUUAAAGUAGAAAUUAUCAGGAGACGAGAAGCAGGCUGCGGCCUCCGAGUUUUCGAAAGUAGAGGCGCCCCGUGUCCCUUUACCUAAAAUGUCAAGUGUUGGUAGUCUGUUACAAAUAGCCUUGUAAAAACCAAGAGGUGGUCGUGUGGGUUUGUAAUAAUAAGAAAAUUCCACUCAGUGUGCAGCAAGCCGUUUAUAAGUAAAACUUUGCAAAAUACUGUGCAAGGUUUAUUUGUUUUUGUUUUAUAGAUCGCUAGGACUCUUCUUCAGGCUGGAUUGGAAGGUAAACAGGACCGGGGGAGCAUAGCUGAUUGUUAUUGUUGUUAUUAUUAUUAUUUGUUACAUUUGUAUACUGCCCUCCACCCAAAGAUUCCUGGGUCGUUUUAAUUCUGGAUGUGGGUGGAGGUAGCAGUCAUUCAAAGGAGACUCUGUUAGGUGCUGUGCAGGUUUCAGAAUGCGCUUAAAGCUUCUGUGAAGGUGCAUUCAGUAGCCCCAUAUUUGAAACUAUAAUUGGUACUUAUAAAUUGAAAAUGUAAAAUCCAGCUGUUCCAAGUCUCUUCACUAAUAAGUGAAAUGCACAGGUUCCUCGGUAGGUGGAAAAUGAAAACAAAGAGAAUCUAGGCAGGUUUAUUAUUAAUAUUAUUAUUAAAAUAUAGAAUAUAAAAAAUAGGUGGUGUGCUAGGCUUACAUUUAUUUAAUAGCAGCAAAAUUGGGCAGUAGAUCUGUGGUACAACCCUAGGCAUAUUGACUCAAAAAUAGGUCUCAUUGAGUUUAAAGGUAAAGGUAACAACUCUGGGGUUGCGGCACUCAUCUCGCUUUAUUGGCCGAGGGAGCCGGCAUACAGCUUCUGGGUCAUGUGGCAAGCAUGACUAAGCUGCUUCUGGUGAACCAGAGCAGCGCACGGAAACGCCAUUUACCUUCCUGCCGGAGCGAUACCUACUUAUCUACUUGCACUUUGAUGUGCUUUCGAACUGCUAGGUUGGCAGGAGCAAGGACCGAGCAACAGGAGCUCGCUCUGUCGCAGGGAUACCCGUGUUGAGUUUACUUGCUCCCUAAUAGGUGUGUGUAUAAGAUUGCAGCCUAAAUCUAGGGACCUUUAUUGUGGUGCUUCAAGGUUCAUUCUUUUUUCUAAUGCUGUGUGAAUGGCAUAUGUUUUUGUGAACUAGAACCCGCUUCGUUGGAUGUAGGACAUGAAAGUGAUGGCUUUCCCCUGCUGCUUGUUCCAACCAUAGGAACAUAGAAAGCUGCCUUAUACCAAGACAGACAAUUGAUCCACCUUGUUCAGUACAGUAUUGUCUACAUGGAUUUAUUUAUUUAUCUUAUUAAAUUUCUCUUCCACCCUCCAUCACAGGGCAGUUUACAAUAUAAAAAAGCAAACAUACAUAAUGUAGUGAUGAAUAAAAACAUUGGCCCUCCCCACACAGAAUGUCUAGAGAUUUGGGGGGUUAAACCAGGGACUUGCAUACAAAUCACAUGCUCUGCCACUGAGCUAUGGCCCCUUCUCCAUCUUGGAUUCAGAAGUAUGCUUCCUCUGAUCUUGAUUUCAUGUAUGUAUCUGUUGAAUUGAACUGUAGUCCAGAGAAACCUAGGCUUCCAAAUUAUAGCACAAUCCUAUCUAAUUGGAAGCAAGUCCUGAUGAGUUUGGUGGGGCUUACUCCCAAGUAUGUGUGCAUAGAAUUGAGCUUAAAUUCAUUGGCCUUUAGUAUAGUGCCAGAAGGAUCUUUCUUAUAGCUAAAUAGCUGCUGUAGAAUGCCUCCUGAUUGCACUGUAAAUUUUUAAAAAGCAGAAUAGAAACAAGUAUUUUUUUAAAAAAACAAAGAAUAGUGCUGUGCAAAUAAUGAAGCAUUCAGAGCAGAAUCCUAUCUAUUGAACUUGGGGCUGUUAUGGAGCAGACUGACAGGAGAAAUAGUGCCCAAUUUCUGGGCUGGGUACAGUGUGUAAUGUGAGCCUGCUCACUUAACAUUUCUUCUAUCUCACAGUGUGUUUAGAGACAGCGUUUAGCACAAUUAUUUCAGUUGUCUUGAAAGCUAGACAUUUGCCAGUCAGAGACAGCCCCAGCACAGGAAGAAGAAAAAUAUAUUUCCCCUUAUUUAGUAUUUUGUCAAGAAGCUUCUGGAACAUUUUAAUGAGACAACCUCAUAAAAUCAUUGAAAAAGCAGCGUUGCCAGUAACGUCAAAACAUUUUUUAAUAAUUUUGUAGUUCAUACUAAUUAGACUUGCCAACCGUCUGUUCACAGCAGGUGCAAUGCCUGAACAGUACUAAAAUGUGAUAUUAUGUGCUGCAUGCUGAAUUUAUUUAAAAUUAUGGCUAUUAAUAAAGAACAAAUUAACAUUUAUACCUUAAUCUUAAAACAUAUUUACUCAGAGGCAAUGCAUAUAGAUUACAGUAUGGCUUACUUCCAAGUGCAUGUGCUUAAGAAAGAGCAAUAGGCCUUUUCAAGUGUUAAACAAUUAUGCAAUGGGAAAUGAUGGUAGUAACCAGUGCUUUUUCUCAGCUGGAGUGCUCCAGAGCACAGUUCUGGCACCUCUUGUGGGGAGGGGGGGUGCCAUUGCGGGCUGGCUCCAGCCCCUGCCUACUUAAUGCCUUUAUGUACUUCUGAGAAGCCCAAAACGAACAUUUCAAGUCAAAAUGGAAGCUGACCAGUGUGUGCAAGUCUACGUUUUAAAAGAUCUAUAACUCCACCAAGCUCCUAGCUGUGAUUGGUCAAGCUACAGGUGGGGCCAAUUUGUAUUUCCUUUUCUACACCACGUGUAGCGGUGGUGGGAUUUAAGGUUUCCAGCCAGACCUCUAGCAUUGCAUGAAUGCAUGCGUGUUUGUGUAAGGGCCCUUCCGAGUUGCUCUAGCCAUCUGUCUGAAUCUUAAGAGAACUUGGGGGGCCAUUUAUUUGACCUGCACCAGAACCAAGGGUGACCCCCAAACCAGCUAGAGAGAUAGCUUGCUGUAGUUUUUAGCACCUCUGUGGGUGGUGAACCCUCUGUGGGUAUUGCAAAACCAGCAUCCAUUCAGAGCUGCCCCGAGUCACCCAGUGGCUUACUGUAACAACUUCAUGGUGUGUUCCGGCACCUAUUUUUCUUGAAAAAGAAGCACUGGUAGUAACCUCUUUUGCAUUAUUAACAAUAACCAAUAAACAAAAGGCUUUAAUGUACGCAUUAAUAACAUAUUUUAUAUCAAAAGCUAGAAACUAAUCUUGAUGUUUGUAUCAAGUUUUGCCAACCAAUUUCGUGGAGAAAAGAUGUGAAGGAAAUAAACACACGGGAUACCAAAAUGCUACCUGUCAAAAUGGGGACAAAUUUUGUGUUAGAUUUCAGACUGAAAGGAAAACAGGAGCCAAGAAAGCUCAGGAAUUUCCAAGCUGCAAAAUAAUUGUUAUAUAGUAUUUCUAAAACAUUCCUGUCUUUUGUUUUUAGCCUUGGCUAUGGAUGCAAAAAUGCAAAAGGAUGAACUGACAAGGACAAUUAAAUUUAUGCCACCACUAUACAAACAACGCUACCUGUUCGUUAAACAGUUAGUGAGUAAACAUAAACCUAAAAAGGUUUGUAUAUGUUUCUUAGCAAUAUGCUCUUUAUAGUAUGGCUAAUUGCUUCAGAAUUAUUGGCCUUAGUCUUGCUGUGAUGUGACAGACUUAAACAUAAUUGAGCUAGACAGGCACUUCCAUGCAGAAAUAGUACAAAAAAGGAAAACUCAAAUGGGGGUGAUCAUAAGGGGGUGCUUUGUAUUACUUGUCUCUUGUCUCAAAUUUGCUGUAUUAUUUUAAAGUUUCUCAGCCACUUGGAGACCAAUUCCAAACCCUGACUAGGAGCAUGAGGGCUUGUAGAUUGGAGCUGUAUAGCUAACACUGUAGUCACAGAACCUGUUCUUGUACCAACCAGGACAGGAGGGGAGGAAAAGUGCUUCUUUGUUGCCCAGAUAGAAUUUCUUUCUCUCUCUCUCUCUCUCUCUCUCUCUCUCUCUCUCUCUCACACACACACACACACACACACACACACACACUCACACACUCUCCUUUCCUUCUGUUGUAUGCUUGGUACAAAGAGCUUCUGUUAAGCCAAAUUUCACUGUUAAGGCCAGAUCAGGAAACAUGGCUUAAGGUUGGUUAACAGACUUUUAAGUCAUGGUUGCCUAGUUUGGAGUUAACAGAUUACUUUGCCUUAAUGCUAACCACAGAGUUUAUCCUUCAUUAACUGGGUCCUUGGGUUUUCCCCCCAGUGGAGUCAGAUCUCACAUCUUCUCUGCCCUUUGGCAAACUAAGGGUGAUACCCAACUAAGUUGUCUGAGUAUGACUAACCCUCUGUAUGUCACCCUAAGUGCAAACAAAUGCAGAAUUAAGAAGCAGUUUCGAUUCCUAAGCUACUAAUGACUUUAAAGUUGUAUCAGUUUUAGUUGUGGGCUAUUAAUGUAUUUAAUUCUAAUUGACAGGUGGCAGAUUUGGGAUGUGCUGAAUGCAGGCUGCUCUGGAUGCUGAAAUUCUGCAGCUGCAUCGAAGUGCUUGUUGGGCUAGAUAUUAGUGAAGAUGUGAUGAAGGAGAAAAUGUAAGGAGAAAAAAUAUCCUUUAAUUUCUUUUGCAAAAGCUGUUUUUUGUGGCUUGGAAAUUUAUAUAUAUAUAUAUAUAUAUAUAAUCUCAAAAUCAGCCAUUCAGUUCCUAACACGAGAUUGGGGGUUGGCUACAGCAGUGGUGAGGAAUCUCUAGCUCAUGGGCCACACUGGGCCUAACAGGCCUUCCUAUUUGGCCUGGCAGUGCACUGGGAUUCACUGGCUCUGAUAAUCAGGUGAUGGUUGAGUCUCAUGGAGCGCUGUGCAGUUAGCUUUAUCUCUUCCAACAGCGAUCAGCCUAAUUAAGAAAGCAUGUGUUACAGUGCAAACAGUGACAAUCACACUGUUUCCCCAGGGUUAGGGAACAGUGUGAUCACCAUGGUUUGCUCUUCUUCACAUGGGUUCAUAAUUAGUAUUUUUCAGAGCCGUUAGCACUUUUUAGGUUUGAAAAUAUUUCAUUUGAUUAAUAUUAAUAGUUAAUAAAUGAAUAUUUAAUAUUGUGGUUUCGUUGUUAGUACCAGACUAGGUAAAGUACACAGAAUAUACCUAAAUCGCCUCAAUCUAGCAGUGGAAAGAAAAGCAAUGUCAACUGAGAAAAAAUACUGAAAACUAAUCUGAGGAUGAAUAUUAUUAUGUGUCAUAUCUAUGCCAUAGUAUUUUACAUUUGGAACAACGUAUGUUUCUGGUUGGACCUCUCCAAUAUUAUUAUUAGCAGUUCUUUAAUACAUCUGAAAGAGUAGUUAGCUCCUGAUAAGCUUUGCUCGGCGUCAGCAAACUGCACUCUUCUCCAUUUUCAAUUUCUUAAGUUACUUUCCUUUUUAAAAAGCCUUAAACUUUGUUGGGACAGUCACACACAAAAAUUGUACUAUUUUUGUUGAAAGUAAGAUACUCAGUUUGUGGGAAUUAUACCCAAGAAAAAUAUCUUCUAGAGUUUAUCUUCAGUUGUGUUUUGCCGUCUUCCCAUUUUUAUCUAGUUUUUAAAUAAUUUGUUAAUGUUAUUGUUUAAUUUUUUAAAUGUAAAAUGCAUAGACAUUUUUACUAUAUUAAAUGAUGAAAAAGAAUAAAAUUGAAACAUCAAACUUGCACUGAGUAUUACUUCUAAUUGUGCACAGUUGUUUCUUAUGCUGUCAAGUAAGGGCAUUAAAAUGCGUUUCCUGUGCAGACUGUAGAGCUCCAGCAAAUCCAGUAUUAUAUUGUACUGACUUGCCUUGCAUUUCAGCUAGAGUCAGUUGGAACUUCCUGGUGCACCAGUAGUUAGAUGAGGUGGGGGGGAUAGUAUGGUUAAAAGUAAAUGUCACCUGAGGUCUUCUAUAUUGUUCAACUUGUUUGCUUGUAGGCAUACACUAUCUCCCCUUCCUGGUGACUAUCUCCAGCCAAGUGAAAGACGUCUGACAGUUAUCCUCUAUCAGGGUUCAGUUGCUCACAAAGACCCUUGUAUGCUGGGCUUUGAUAUGAUAACAUGCAUUGAAGUGUGAGUAUUCUACUGAAAUAGUUUAUUUGGCAAUGUUUUUCAGGUUUUGGUUUUAAAAGCAUGUCGAUUUAAAUACAUUUUCUACCCUAUAUAACACACAUUCCUCUUCCCUAGUUCCAAGCAACUUCUCAAAAAUAAAGGAGUGUGCCAUCUUUUAACUUCUUAAACUUAGGACAAUACAAAUUAAUACAAUUGGGAUGGUUGAGACUGUUGUGUGGUGUAGCAAUACUUUGGAACAAAGGGCAUAGAAACAUUCAUGGAAAACUGAGGGUUUUCAGUUCCGCAUAUAAAAUCUAACACUACACAAGAAUACACUGAGAGUGAGGAAGUAAGAAUCCAGGUAGAUAGAGAAUCAAAAGUAAAGUGUAACUGCUCACUGGGUAGCUGAUACAUGUUCCCAGUUACCUUGAAGGAAGAUGUAGUCAAAACAAUAUCUACCUUGCUUCUUAGCAGAAAUGAAAAGUGCUGAGCAGCUAGAAUUCUUUCUAGCAUGUUCCAGCUUCAGUUUCUGCACAUACAAAGAAUAUACUAGAAAAACUUCUGUUUACUUUUAUAAACUGGAAAAGAUUUCUGUACCUGAGAAACACCAUUAAUCCUGACAGUGUGAACUAGGGCUUAUGAAUCUUCCAACUUUGGUGUCAUUUUGGUUGCCCUUUUUUGAACUUUUCCUGACUCUACAAUAUCCUUUUUGAGGAGAGGCAAGCGGAACUGUACACAGUAUUCCAAGUGUGGGUGUGCCAUAGAUUUUGUCCAACGGUAUUAUGAUAUUGGCAGUGGGAUUGAUAUUGGUGGUAUUAUUUUCAAUCCCUUUUGUAAUGAUUCUUAACAUAAAAUCCACCUUUUUCAUAUGUACUGCAUGCUAGGUCGACAUCUUCGAGCUAUUCACAGUGACCCAAAGGUCUAGUUCUUGUACAAUCAUUGGCAGUUCAGACUUAACUGCCAGAUUAACAUAUAUGUGAAAUGAGGGGGGGGGGUUUGCCCCAAUGGGCAUCCAUUUACAUACACUUGCUUAAAUUUACUGCCAUCGUUUGGGGAGGUCCUUUUUGAACUCCUUUUGGUACAAUUGAUAUAGUCACCUCACUGCUUACUAUUAGCUACAGAUAAUUUAUGAACAAGUUAGAAAGCACAGGCCCCAAUACGGAUUCUUUGGUACUCCACAUCCUUCCAUUGGAAGAACUUUCUGUUUAUUCCUAUUCUACUUCCUGUCUUUAACAGAAACAUUAUCAAAACCUCUUUGAAAGUCUUAAGUACAGUGUCAGUUGUAUCACCUCCAUCUAUGUUUGUUUAUACUCUAAAUUAGAUUGAUGAAACAGGCCUGGUUCUGCUUCAGAAAGACUUAUUCUUCUGUAUGUUUUGUAAUUCUACCUUUAAUAAUGCUUUCCAUCAGUUUCCCCAAAACAAAUGUUAUACUAACUGGCCUAUAAAAUUCUAGAUCCCAUCUGGAUCCCUUUAAAAAUGGUUUUACAUAUAUUCCUUAAGUAUAGAUGGGUGACUGGCGUGCUCUGGUCCAUGGGGUCACGAAAAGUCAGACAUGACUAAACGGCUAAACAACAACAAAAUAUAGAUGGUGAUUAAGAUCUCUUGGAUGGAUUGUCAUCCAGACCUGAUGAUUUGUCAGUUUUUAAUAAGAUGUAGAACUUCUAGGUAAGGACUGAGAUGGGUCUUGGUUAGAGACCAUGGAGAACUGCAUAGCUGGAAUAUAUAAUACUAGGCUAGUUGGAUCAAGUAUAAAGUAGUGUCAUACUUUUAGAUAGAAAAACAAAGUUAUCUUGAGAAGGUAUUUUUUCUUAUAUCAGACUUACUGUAGUUGUGUGAAGUGAAGGCCCAAGACAGGAGUUGAUCAUCAUGUGAGCUGCGCACAGGUGGGCUGAAGCGAGCUGCUGCCAUUCCUGUGGAGCCUCCUUUUAUUGAGACAAAUAUGCAAGCCAGGCAAAUACAUUUUUGGGCUUUGACCUUUACACAUCUUCCGUCCCGAGAUCGUGGGGUGGUACAAAGUUAUUUUGGCACCUGUUUUCCACAGCGUCAUUUUCCCCUUGCACAGUGUAUGACGAAGGAGACAAAAGGUCUCAGGGACAAAGGUUACAGACAGGACACCGCUGACUGCUGAGACCGCAAAAGGUCAGACAUAGGGGACGAUGUUCCGACAGCCGUGGCUUGUCUGAGGGGGAGUUUGCCCUGCACCCCAGGGUCACGCGUGCAGGCCGACUGUGGCUGCCUGCUGGUGGAGAGUGUGCUCCCUCCGGACCUCACUGUCCACUCCGCGAUAUCCUUACAUCUGUGCAGCUUUACUUCUUCAGUCAAGUAUGUACUGUACUCAGUUGAUCUACUUGGUAAGAAGAUCCUUGUAACCUUCUAUCUUCAGAAUAGAACACCUGGAGGCAGAAGAGCUGGACAAAUUCCCAGAAGUGGUAUUUGGUUUUAUGUCUCCAGCCAUGGUCGUAAUAACAACACCAAACUCAGAAUUUAAUUGUUUGCUUCCAACUGUAACAUUAUUCAGACACCCAGAUCAUAAAUUUGAAUGGAAUCGUGCACAAUUUAAGAACUGGUAAGUUCAUUCCAUCUUUUAUAUGCUUCCAAAAAGUAAAACAAAAACAAAAAUGGUGUAUAUUUUAGUGUAGGCUGUGGGGGAAUAAAAUAAAAUCUUGCUAUACCCUUUGAAAGCUUUUAUGAUUUUGAACAUACUGUGGUGACUCCCAUGCCUACCUUAUAUGUUAAUCAUUUUGGAAAUAACAGUAAUUAAAGUGAAGGACAACCAUUGGUUGACUAGAUGUAGCUUUUUCCACCCCAAUAAUCUCACAAUAUGUGGAAUGUAGGUGAGACAAGAAAUGACAACAAUUUCUGAUCUAUGUAUUUUCUACAUUAUGGGGGUUCCUUUUUUUUUUUUUUUUUUUUAAAGACAUGAGCACCAUUGUGAGGCAUUGUAGUAGGUAAAGUUACGGAGAUUUUUUAAGUGAAGUGGGAUUGGUCUCAAAGCAGGAAUAUCCUCUAAUAUAGGGAUUGUCUCAAAAUUCCUGCAUAAUAUUUGCUCCACCAUAGCUCCAAAUUUCCUCUUCUCCCCCCAUCCUUCUAUGGGAUACCAGCUCCACUAAACCUUCACACAAACACAUAUCUUAAUAAUGCUUAAGAAUUAUUAAGAAUAUUCAUGGUCCAGUUUGAGAACUCUCACAUUACUAUUCUAAUGAGGGUGAAACUUUAUGCUCUUUGCUGUCUAUUUCAUAGUCUAAAGAACAGAACAGGCUCCUGGAAGUCAGUGAAGGCUCGGUAUAUUUCUAAUUGACAGAACAAAAGUUUGUUGGCAACAAUCAUGUGUUGUUUCCAAAUUCAGGGUUGGACAGAACAGGAGUUGUUUUUGUCUCACUGGCCUUGUCUGUUGAGCUGGUGAGGAGGUGUCUUUGUUCCUAACAGCUACAAUCUCCUGUCACUGCUGCCAUUUCUCUACAUCUACUUAUCCACACAGGCAUUGUUAAUAGGAAGGAAGAACUGCCUCUCUCACAAUAAUGGCUUGUACUUGCGAUGGGAGAUUUAGCAGUACUCACUAUACACAUCUUUGAUGAGCAAGAUAGAGCUGUUAGGAUUGGUCUUUCAAAGUUACUUGCACAGUUUGGUGUUUUGUCAUAAAUUUAGGGCCCAAGAUGUUGCAGCUCGCUACGACUAUACAGUGGAGUUUACUGGUUUAGGAGCCCCACCUCCUGAAAAAGAUGUUGGAACUUGUACACAAAUAGGUGUGUUUGUGAGAAAAUACCAGAAUGAUGGACCUGCACAUUUUGAGAAAUGCAAUGAACAUGUUUAUAAAACCGUAAGUAGAUCUUUUGCUUCUGUAAGGAGGAAUAAAUUCAGUAUAAAGUGGUUACAUAGUAAAACAUAACACGAUAACUGAAAUAGAAGUCUGUGUAUUGAGUUUGUGCUGAAUUGAUAUCCAAUGAACCUUGUGACUGAUCAGCAGUCAGUGUCACAAUACAUACUAGGAAAGAAGUUCUUUUGAUUCUGACUUUGAAAACAAAUGUGUUAUGAUUGAUGAACACAUGGCAUGGAGAGGCAACUGGGCAUUUAAAAUGACAAAAAGAAUGAGAAUAAUGGUUAAUUAGCCCUAAAAUAUUAUCAAACAUGAAAUCAUUUAUCCAGGGAGGAAAAUGUUACUUAGAAUGUUUUCUUCCCAGUUUCAGUGUUUAGUAAGCAUUAUUGGAUAUUGAACUGUAGAAGCACGCUUGUUUUUAAUAACUUAAUUAAGCCUUUAGACCCUAUGCUGUAAUUCCCACCUUUUUACCUUUUUUUAACCUGUAAUUCCCACUAGUAUUAGCUAGAUUUAAACCCAGGUCCAAGCCUAACACUUUGUUUGGUGGGCCACUCUGAACUUGGCAUUGUAGGAGUAUCAACCAUAUUGCUCAAAUUUAAUUUAAAAUUGUUUUUGUUAUAUUUCCAAUAAGUGGGUAACUUAUGGAAGAAAAGCUAACUCAAACUAAGGAUUUGUUACUUUAAGGUUGCAAGCCCAUUCAUACUUACUUAGGAGCAAGUUCCAUUAACUUCAGUGCAACUUACUUUUCAGCAGACGUGCAAGGGAUUGUAUUGUGAUAGGGCUCUUGCUAGUUUGCCCAAAUUCUACCUAAUUUUGCAGGGAGGCUUACUCACACCGCAUACUAGAGGGCUUGCUUCUGAGGUUUUUUGUUUUUUAAAAAGCACACAUACAGAUAGAUAUUAUUGAAAAUUGAACUGAGGAGUAUGUACAACCGUUUUAUGGUCAGAAAGCCACAUAGUUGUAGUCUAUCUUAAAAAUCAGCAGAAUUAUAUUUGCAUUUGUCAAACAAGUAAGUACAGGCGGUUUCCAGCUUUAUUUUGUGUAUUGUAAACAUGUUAGAAAAGGUUCAGUAGAGCUAUGCCUAGUUUAAUAUUCUGUAACAUAAAAUGCUGAGUAUGUGAAAUGCUUUGAACAGUUAGAAUGUGCUAACAAUAAAUAAGCCGCAUCUUUGUUUUCCAUAUCAAAGCUUUUCAAAGCUGAAUAUCCAAGCCUUAAAGAUGAAAAGUACUUGCGGACUGCAGUGGUCAAUGAAGUUAUUUGGACAGCACAAAUAAUUGCAAGGAGACUCUGGGACCACGUAAAAACUGAAUAUAAAAAACCCUGUUAUGACUCUGAAACAGAACCCAAAUUCCAACCAUCUCACCAUAGUCUGAAGUAUUUCAAGCAUCUGCCUUUAACAGAAGCCAACAAUAAAGGUUUGCAGCCAUUUAUUAAUGGAAACUCUGUCUACAUACCUCUUGCAAACAUUUUUUCUUUUCCUAAAGUGAAUAAACUUUGUGGAACAGUUGAAACACUAAGCGAUCUCAUAACUGGCAAAGUCACACUCAGCCAUGAUGGAUCUGCAGUGCUUAUUGAUGCUGAAUAUGAAAAUGAAGAGAUGGAGAAUUAACAAAUGCUUUCAAAAAUACUUGUUCUUGGUUCUACUUCGCAAACUGGAGGAGUCCAGUGAGCAGAAUUCUGCUAGUUGCUGGAUUUAAAAACUCAGCAGAUUGGACUGGCUACUAAAUAUUUGGAUCAGGUGCCAUCUUUUUGUGUUGAGGUGGGCUAGAAUAAGAUGUUCCUACCUAAUUAUUUUGAUUGAGAAAUAAACAUGUACCUUCCUCAACCCAACUGCUUACAACAGUAAUUAGAAGAACAGAAGUCAGAAAACAGUUUUCUGUCUGCGAACAGAAAAAGUAAUGUUUAAGAUGCAUUUUUUGUAUUGGAAGGUGGUUUUGCAGAAGUUUGUGUACUAUAUUAUGCAACACCACUGUUAUCAGUAUCUUUAUAGUACAAGUUUAGUUGAGAACUAAAUUAGUUGCUUAAGUUAAUGCUAGGUGUAAUGCUCUCUGUGUGUGUGCUUUUAAAAUAGUUUUCUUCAGAACCAUUCACACUGUUCUAUAUAGAAAUGGGUUUGUAGAUGUGGUCCAAUAAGGACUUUCAAAUAAGAUUGUAUAAUACUACUUGCUGAACAAAGUUGGAAAAUACAUUUGCUCAACUCAUCCACAAACUGAUUCUAACCCCCAAAGUACCAGAAUAACCUUGGGGGACUGCUAGGUUUUGAUUAUAGAAAGGAGCAGCAGGGAGCAGCAGCAAUUCUUUUCCUUAGUCUCAACCUUAUAAUGGUUUGAUCAAGAAGGGUGUGACCUCCUUUUUAAAUUCUGGCCUCUACUCCUAUGAGUUAUGUGCAAGAUGGCAGACUACUCAUUCAUCUAGCAGUACUGCAAACACCAGUCAUAGGAUAGCCUUAUUAAAGCCUCAAGUAACUGAAGUUAUGCCUUGCUUCCUGCAUGUAUUACCUGUUCAAGUAUGCUUUUCUUUAAUUACAAUAGUUGGUAAACAGAUUGGCAUAUGAGCAGAUGUAGUUGUACAUAAAUAUUGUUCCUGUGUAACAGUAAACAGCCUUUUCUAAACAAAUAUUAGACAAUUCUAUCUCACUAAUCUUGCAACAAUUUCAACCACAAGGUGGCAUGCUUCUCCAUGAAGCAUUUGCUUGGCAAUCCUGUUCUCAUGUAACAAAAAGGGAUGCAGCUUUUUCCAAUAUCCCUACCACCACCACCUUGGUAAAGAGUCAGAGGACGACUGCAGUGUUGUUUUUAUACCAGAGGCAACAGACGUGAUUGAGCAAGAGAAGAGAUGGUUUGGUACCUUGUUGCUCUUUGACCUUUUCCCUAAUUCACUUGUCACAUUUAAAAAUGCUAGGAUAGAUUAUUGUUUUCCUACUUCUACCUUCUUAGAAUGUAAUGCUCUCUAUUACAGUUGCGCUGCAGCAGCUUUCUCCUUGUACUAUAACCAGAACACUGCAUCACUUCCCAGCCUGGCCCGAUUCCAAGCCCUUGCAGAGUGUACAACCGUAGCCACUAAUUUUCCCUGGUGUUCUUUGCUAUUAUAGUGUCACUUCAGAGGAAUCAUUUUUGGGAUGAGAAUAGAGAAGAAAACCCAGCACAGUUUCUGCUAGGGCUUACUACAUAAAAUAGUCACUUAAAUGACUUAAAUAGUUCAAGACAAUCCUGUUUGCAAAGUUUAGUUUAAUCACUUCUUCAGUAUUAGGAUUGAAGGCAGUCUCUUCCCUGGACAGAUAAUCAAGUAUUCCUUACUACCAAUACAAGUAGUAGUUACUGAUCAUGUUUACAAUAAGCCCGUUAAGAGUGGGAUGCCAGCUAGAUUGCUGAUGGAAAUGUAGCUGCUCCGCAGAGGAAAUGUGAACUUUUCACAGAAAUAACGAACGGGAACUUUUCUGCAGGUGGGACUCAUAGAGGAUGACAAAAGGCAGAAUGGGGGG